UGCGCACAGCGGAUUUGACCCAGUGUGCACGAAUGCACGAAUGCACCACUCACUGCACUGACCCACUUGUCUCUCUCCAUUUCCCAUCUCCACACAGCACCACACGCACCUGUGUUGAUUGUUGUUGUUGUUCCCUCAGCGUCCUCUCCUCCUUCGUACCGCCAUCGAACCAGUCAUGGCCUCCAUGCUUGCUCGCACCACCCGUGCCAGCGUUGGCGCCGCCAACCUGCUGCGUGCCACGCGCAACGCGUCCACCAUCUCCAUGGACUCCAACGGCGUCCUCCAGGUGCCCAACGACCCCGUCAUCCCUUUCAUCGAGGGUGAUGGCACCGGCCCGGACAUCUGGCGUGCGUCCCAGUACGUGCUCGACAGCGCCGUGGCCAAGGCCUACAAUGGCGAGCGCAAGAUUGAGUGGCUCGAGGUCCUUGCUGGCGAGAAGGCCUUCCGCCAGACUGGCGAGUGGCUUCCUGAGGCCACCCUCGACGCCUACCGCAAGUACCUCGUCGGUAUUAAGGGGCCUCUGACCACCCCCAUUGGCGGUGGCAUGCGCUCCCUGAACGUCGCCCUUCGCCAGGAGCUCGACCUGUACGUCUGCCUCCGCCCCGUCGUCUACUUCACAGGCGUGCCCACGCCUGUGCGCAAGCCCGAAGACGUGAACAUGGUCAUCUUCCGCGAGAACACGGAGGACAUUUAUGCCGGCAUUGAGUUCCAGAGCGGCACCCAGGACGCAAAGGACCUCGUUGCCUUCCUCAACGAGAAGGGCGUCGGUAACAAGAUUCGCUUUCCCGAGACGUCUGGCCUUGGCAUCAAGCCUGUCUCCCAGGAGGGCACGUCCCGCCUUGUUGAGGCUGCGAUUGAGUAUGCGCUUGACAACGGCCGCCGGAGCGUGGCGCUGGUGCACAAGGGCAACAUCAUGAAGUUCACGGAGGGCGCAUUCAAGCAGUGGGGCUACGACGUCGCCGUCACAAAGUUCCGCGACCAAGUGGUGACUGAGCGCGAGAGCUGGAUCCUGGACAACUACGAGCAGGGCGUGACGGACGUGGUGGAGAACUGCAAGGCCAUUGAGCCUGGCUAUGACAUGAUGACCGACACCCAGCAGCAGACCCUCCAGGCUGAGGUGAGCGGUGUGCUUGAGGCCAUCCUGCCGACCCACGGCAACGGCGCAUGGAAGUCCAAGCUCCUCGUCCGCGACGCAAUCGCCGACAUCUCUCUCCAGCAGGUGCUGACGCGCGCCAAGGACUUUGACGUGAUUGCGACGAUGAACCUGAACGGCGACUACCUCUCCGAUGCGCUCGCUGCCCAAGUUGGCGGUAUUGGCAUUGCCCCCGGCGGCAACAUCAACUACAAGACCGGUCACGCCAUCUUCGAGGCCACGCACGGCACUGCGCCCAAGUACGCCAACCUGGACAAGGUCAACCCGGGCUCUGUGAUUCUGUCUGGUGAGAUGAUGCUGCGUCACCUCGGCUGGAAGGAGGCAGCAGACCUGAUCCUCAAGUCGAUGGACACUACCAUCGCCAACAAGACAGUCACGUACGACUUCCACCGCCUCAUGGACGGCGACAAGACGCUCCUCAAGUGCUCCGAGUUUGGCGAGGCCCUUGUCAAGAACAUGUAAACCCGCCACAACCCACCGCCCGCACAUGUUGCAGCUGUCGCACCUCUUGCGCGUUUUGCACGCCGGUGUCGCAACUUCGCUGUAUGCUGAGUCGCCACACCCUUGAUGUUUGUUGUCCGUAACCCGCCAAACACACAUCGUUCACUCUCAUUGUUGUUUUGUGCCGUCGAACAAGACAUGGUUGUCUUUUCAAAUGGAAAAAUACACGCGUACACGAUCGCCGUG